CGGAGGCGGACGAUUAGUGCGCACGCAUCGGUUAGGUACUCUGAUCACGUGGAGGAAUUGAAGAUGGCGGCGGCCCAGGCCGUGGAGGAAAUGAGAACCCGCGUGGUUCUAGGGGAGUUCGGGGUUCGCAAUGUUCAUACCACUGACUUUCCCGGUAACUAUUCCGGCUACGAUGAUGCCUGGGACCAGGACCGCUUUGAGAAGAAUUUCCGCGUGGAUGUGGUACACAUGGAUGAAAACUCAUUGGAGUUUGACAUGGUGGGAAUCGACGCAGCCAUUGCCAAUGCGUUUCGGCGCAUUCUGUUAGCUGAGGUGCCGACCAUGGCUGUGGAGAAGGUCCUGGUGUACAACAACACGUCCAUUGUCCAGGAUGAGAUCCUUGCCCACCGCCUGGGUCUCAUCCCCAUUCAUGCCGACCCCCGUCUUUUUGAAUAUCGGAACCAAGGAGACGAAGAAGGCACAGAGAUAGAUACCCUGCAGUUUCGGCUGCAGGUCAGGUGCACUCGGAACCCCCACGCUGCUAAAGACUCCUCUGACCCCAAUGAGCUCUAUGUCAACCACAAAGUGUACACCAGGCACAUGACUUGGGUGCCCCUGGGCAACCAGGCUGACCUCUUCCCGGAGGGCACCAUCCGCCCGGUACACGACGACAUCCUCAUUGCUCAGCUGCGGCCUGGCCAGGAGAUUGACCUGCUCAUGCACUGUGUCAAGGGCAUUGGCAAAGAUCAUGCCAAGUUUUCACCUGUGGCAACAGCCAGUUACAGGCUCCUGCCAGACAUCACCCUGCUGGAGCCCGUGGAAGGGGAGGCAGCAGUAGAGCUGAGCCGCUGCUUCUCACCUGGUGUUAUUGAGGUGCAGGAAAUCCAAGGUAAAAAGGUGGCCAGAGUUGCCAAUCCCCGGCUAGAUACCUUCAGCAGGGAGGUCUUCCGGAAUGAGAAGCUAAAGAAGGUUGUACGGCUCGCGCGUGUUCGAGACCAUUAUAUCUUUUCUGUUGAGUCCACAGGGGUGUUGCCACCAGACGUGCUGGUGAGUGAAGCCAUCAAGGUGCUGAUGGGGAAGUGCCGGCGGUUCCUGGACGAGCUGGACGCGGUUCAGAUGGACUGAGGCUGCACUGGGGACUUCCGGUGCCCUGCCCCCAACAGGACUGCUACAGAGCCCAGAGAGACUAGGGGGCCUGGGCUUUCUGGGGACAAUUCCAGCUUUAUUUUUAGUCAAUACAUUUUGUUAAAUGUGCCACAAAAUGACUUUUAUGCCUUUGUAAGGCCUUGGUGUAAAUAAACUCACAUCCAGA